GGAACGGAGGAGGAGAGGAGAGCCGAGGUGGAGCGGAGGAGGAGAGCGGUUCCUCUCCUGAAAGACCAGCACAGAACCCCCCCAGCACCGCCGGCCUGCGGACCUCGCAGAGCGUUCUGUCCGGUCCGGGAUGGAGAAAGAACCGGACUCCUCGCGCCAACAGAACGGCUGGGUGGGGGCGGCGCUGCACGGGGAGUUCAGCGACCCGCUGACCACCGUCCGGUACUCCGUGAGCCUGACGGAGAGCGCGCUGACCGUGCAGAUGAUCUCCUCGCAGCCCGCGCGCUCCAAGGCGGUGUUUCUAUUGGCGGACUGCGUGGGUUGCCACGCGUACACAGAGCGGGAUGGAGACGGGGGGAACGUCGCGGCGGACCCGGGGCGGGACGGGGGGAACGGGGACGGGGGGGACGCCGCCGCGUACUUCGUGGUUUAUUUCUACCCGUUCCGCGGGCGGUGGAUGAGCGGGGGCUCCGCGCGCCAGAAGGUGGAGCAGGUCUUCCGGGUGGUCCCCUUACCGGACCCCGCAGCAAACCUGCGAGAGGCUCAGCGGUGGGCGCGUGCCAUCCGGGACGCGGCCGCAAAACAGAUCCCGCGACGGAACGGUGUGGUGUAUGCGCAGGUCCCUCGCCCCUGCAGGCUGAUGGUGCUGCUGAACCCCCAGAGUGGGCGGGGCCAGGCCAUGCAGCUCUUUACUGCCCAUGUGCAGAACAUGCUAAUUGAGGCCGGCGUCCCCUACACGCUGGUCCAUCACCGGAACCAUGCCGUGAGGUGGUGAGGAAGGGCCGACCUCCGCCAAUGGGACGCCCUGGUCAUCAUGUCGGGCGACGGCCUGCUAUUUGAGGUGAUCAACGGGCUGAUGGAGAGGGAGGACUGGCAGGAGGCCGUCCGGACCCCCCUGGGGAUCCUCCCCGGCGGCUCGGGGAACGCACUGGCCGCCUCCGUCCACCACUAUUCCCAGGCCCCCCCGGCGUGGGGCGAGGAGCUGCUCCUCAGCUGCGGCUUCCUGCUGUGUAAGGGUCUGGUGAGCCCACUGGACCUGGUCUCCGUGCAGCUGCCGUCUCGCCGCCUCUUCUCCUUCCUGUCGCUGGCCUGGGGCUUCGUGGCCGACGUAGACCUGGACAGCGAGCGCUACCGCACCGUGGGCGCCGUGCGCUUCCUGCUGGGCACGCUGCUGCGCCUGGCCUCGCUGCGGGUCUACCGCGGCCGGCUGGCCUUCCUGCCCCUGGAAGCGGAGCCAGAGGCCCCGCCCACCCCGCGCACCGCCCGCCGCUGGGCCCGGGCGCGGCCCACAGACCACGCCCAGGAACGGCCGUCCUUCUGCUCUAACCCCGCCUCCGCCCUGCGCUGUGGCUCCGCCCCCUCUGCCUCCCCCUCCCCCUCUGCCUCCCCCUCCCCCUCUGCCUCCCCCUCCCCCUCUCCCUCCCCCAACAACAACCGCUCUGAGCGCCGGCGGGGUCGGGUCCCCUUAAACCGUAACGCCGUCACUGCCGAGACCGACCAGACCGACAACCGGACCAGGACCCGGGCUGAGACCCGUACCGACCCCCCGUCUGACCCCCCGUCUGACCCCCCAUCUGACCCCCAUGAUGACACCCUGACCGACCAGAAGACCAACAACCAGACAGACAACCAGACCAACCAACAGACAGACCACCAGAACCAGAACCACACCCACGCCCCUCCCGGCCCUAGCCCCGCCUCUAACCCUGCCCCUAACCCAACCCCUAGCCCCGCCCCUGACCCCGCCCCCAGGGGCCCCCUCCUGGACCCUCUGCUGCCCCCCCUGGGCCGGCCCCUGCCGGACUCCUGGAGGCGGGUGGAGCAGCAGGACUUCGUGCUGGUGUUGGCCAUGUUCCAGUCCCACCUGUCGGAGGAGCUGUGGGCAGCGCCGGGGGCCGCGCCCGACGACGGCCUCAUCCACCUCUUCUACGUGGGGGCGGGGGUCUCGCGGGCCGCGCUGCUCCGCCUCUUCCUGGCCAUGGAGCGGGGCGCCCACCUGGAGUGCGGUGUCCCCCACCUGGUGUACGAGCGGGUGCGCGCUCUGCGGCUGGAGCCCCUCUCCCCCCAGGGGACCAUCACCGUGGACGGGGAGUUGGUGGGGCCCGGGCCCCUGCAGGCCCAGGUCCACCCCGGGCUGGCCCGGCUGGUCUGUGGGUGAGGGGGGGGGGGGGGGGGGGGGGCGUUAGGGCCUCCUGAACCAGGGGGCACUCUGUCAGUGACUGUUUUCAGAAGCGUAGCCACGGAGACGUAAACUGGUCAGAGACAGGGAGCGGAAGGUGGAGCCGCCCACCGAUGCCAAACCCUCCGUGGAGACGGACGGACGGGACACAAAGAACCAAUCAGUGGCGCCGCCCGUUGCUAUAGAAACACUUUGUUAAAGGAAGUGCCAAAGAUGCGAUGCUGUUCGCCUUUGGAAACGUUGAUCUCUAUUUUUCUAAAGAAGGGACUUCUAUUUUUGUACCGCCUGGUCCCUGGUCUCUCCUGUGUGUGUGUGUGUGUG